UGCAUGCAGCUCUCAGUCAUUCAUCUCUUGGAGAGUGGAGAGGAAACUACAGCACAAAGAGAAACACAAGAUAAAAAUAAAGUUCUGCGAUCAGUUUCUCAAUUAAGACUUUUUUCUCAUCACCAUUUAUUUUUGCUACCAAAAGAACUGAGCUGCAGAUAUUUCACUUUGCUCCUUCCGCUCUCCGUGGAGAUAUUCCCAUUUCUCUCUCCUGCAGCAGAGGACAAUUUUCUGUCUGUGAAAACUGAGAAAAUUUACAAGCGCCAAAACUGUGCCUGCUUUUGAGACAAUCUGUGCAUCAGAAGGCUCAGUGGUAACUUGAAUGCCUUGGACAGAGAGAGUGGAGCCCUUCUUUGCUGUGUGUGUGAAAGGAAUGGUUGGGUUUUUUUGAGGAGGUGGAGGAGGAGGUGACCUCAGGAGGACAGCACCACGAUCGGGGUGCUCUGGGAAAAAGCUCCGGGAAGAGGAGGAGGAGGAGGGCGCAUCGUGCUGGGGAAGAGCAUCCUCCCAGCCUCUUUGUCACCCUCAGGCACACACCCUUAGGACAGCAGGAGUUCAGUAAUCUUAUAAAAUUAACUGGAGAGGAGAAAAUAACUCCCUGCUGUACAAUAAAGUGAGUUUAAUUAAAAUAUAAAAAAACUAAUAAAAAAGUACAUCAACUCAAAUUUCACAGACAUAUAGACACAUCUAUAAAUCAUACAUACACACAGACAACCAGGACGCCCCAGCUCACCGCUGCAGAAUGGAUCUCGCACCAAUCAGAGGUUUAUCUGAUGUGCCUUGAGCACCGGGAGCACUUUGCCCCAGACCCGGCUUCCAACCCUGGUGCCAUCCAGCAGGCUGACCAGGAUGGACUCUGCUCAUUCCUUCAGGAUGGAGCUGGACUCAGUGCUGUCGCUUGACCAGAUACGUGCCAUUCGGGCCAACAAUGACUAUGUGGAGCGGCCCGUGGCACUGGAACCUGCAACACAGUCUGGAUUUUUUUUAGUCCACGAUGACCGUUACCCUCACGUUGCAUACAUCCAUCACCCCCAGCCUUCCUUCCCCUCAGCCAUGUCCCGCAGCCAAAGUCAACAGCAGCACACUCAUCUUUCCCAUUUGAGCCGUUCCAGUACCAUAAGCUCUUCUAUGUCACGAACAAGUGCCACCUCAGACCAGCGGCUACUGGCAGGUUUGACACCAUCUCACUCUGGCUUAGGUUCGGUGGUCCAUUCGCAGCCUAAAGGGGACCUGAAGCCUGAUUCUUUUGGUAAACGCCUGGCGGAAGAUGAGGCUGAACUCAGUCUCCAUCAGUUCAUCUGCGAGAGGUGUGGUCGCUGUAAAUGCCAAGAGUGCUGCGCCCCGCGCCGCCUGCCUUCUUGCUGGGCCUGUGGACAACGCUGUCUGUGUUCUGCUGAGAAUGCCGUGGAGUAUGGCACAUGCUUGUGUUGUGUUAAAGGUUUAUUCUAUCACUGCUCUGCCCAGGAUGAUGAAGAUAACUGUGCUGACCAGCCAUGUUCAUGUGCUCCAGCCCACGCCUGUGCCCGCUGGAGCACAAUGGGACUGCUGGCGCUAUGUCUGCCCUGCCUUUGCUGCUACCCCCCUGCCAGGCUGUGCCUUGCUCUGUGCCGGUGUGCCCAUGACCGGGCUACGCGGCCCGGCUGCAGGUGCAGCAACACCAACACUGUGUGCCGCAAGAUUUCCAAUUCCAACCCUAAUCCUUGCCAUCCCUCGCUCCGCAGCAAAGCUCUGGAGAAACCGUUAUGACAGGCUUGAAUGAGGGCCAAGUAAAUGAAUUUCCCCUCAGAUGUGGCCAAAAGCAAUGCUGUCACCAAUCAAUGGUCCCUCAGUUGACAUCAUGACGACAGUGCCAUUGUGACCCAACUACCUACGUAUGACAAGCCAACCAAUCACCCAACCAACCAAACAACCAAGUUGUUCACCUAACGUACCUUUAUUUCUCCAACUCAGGAGGGACCAAAGCUUUAAUGUGCCUGCUUAUGUUGGAGAAUUAAUGCCUAUGUUGAAGAAUAAGAAGCUGUUGUGCUUUGCUGGACUGACCCUUAAACCUUAACCAAGACACCUAGACAAAAAACAAGGCAAAACAAAAAAACAUGCUUUCUAUGGUGCAAUCUCAGCAUGUUAAAUUGUAUUUAUUUAUUAUUGAAUCUCCUCCCUUCUCAACCCUUUGCCACUCUCUGUGCUAAUUCUUUGCAAAGGAAUCGCUCGCAAAGGAAAGAAGCCUGCAUAUGGACUUUGCAAACAGAUUCUGACCUGAUCAGAAGAAGUGUGAGAGAUGGAGGUUUAAAACUACAAUGAGAUUCAGAACUUUGAAAAAAACGUUAAAGAUGAACGAGGAAACCAGUGUUGUACUGAGGUGAACAUCUUACUGAGACUCAGCAAAGCACCAAGAUAUAAAGUGAGAUGAAAGACACCUGUAACAGCAGUUUGACACCAAAAAGGGACCAUUCACUGUAACAAACGGUGUGAAUUUCAAUGUUAUUAAGCUCAUUUGUAAACGAAAAGCACUGUGAGGUAGAUGGACAAUGUUUUCCCUGUGAGCCUAGAGCUCAUUGGGGGAUUAUUUAACCAGAGGGAGGAUGCAUCUAUUGUGAGGCAGCGUGCGUGCGUGUCCGUCUGUGUGUGUCCUCCUACUGUGCAACAACCUGUGUAUGAGCCUGUGUGUUUGUUGUUUUAUCAGCAGAAGAAGCCUGCCUUGUGUUAUUUUUAGCAGUCCUGCUUCGCUGGAGCUCUGAGGGUCUGGUCGGGUUUCCUCCUGAAGCCAGCCUGUCGCCAACCUCCCUCGCUCCCUCCUCUGACCCACCUCCUUCACAAUCCUCUACUCCACUACUACACAUAAACACCCCCCACCCCACCCAUCAGUUCUCUACCCAUUCUGAAAUCAAAUGCCAUUUCUGAACUUCCAGAUGAUCCAAAUGCUUGGAGGGUUUUGAAAACCAUAUUGUUAAUGAACCAUUCGUCUAUAUAAUCCAUUAAGUGUUUUAGCAUUUAAAAACAAAUUCUUGGGUUAACAUGGGGAGACAUUGCGUCCUAUAACCUAAAAAGCGGUUGACUACUUGGCAGAAGAAAAGGACACACAAGGAAGCUAAUAAGGUAAAAAGUUAGAAGUGCUAGAGGUAUCAAAUGCUGUGCUUUUGCCUGAAGCUGCUGUUGCACAGAUAUGCAGAAGGGUUGCUUUGGUCCCAGUGCCUUUACGCACCUAAGGAGGUCACACUCAAUGCUGAGAAUAACGGCCGCUUGUUAACCAGGAGUUUGUCAGCCAGGAGACAGCAUGCUCUAAUCUUCAGUCUGGGGCUUUGCACUUUGUUUGAUUGGUGCAAUUUCCACUCACUUUGUUCUUUCACUUCCUGGUUAGGAGUGGUUAGGUUUGAAAAUACCCCUUGAAAAAACAGGCUUACCUGGAGUACUGAGGCCAGCGUUCAUGUGAAGCCAGGAUGUAUGACAGGAGUACCACCAAAGCAAAAUUCUACGUAUGUAUGAGACACCAGUGGCUUUGACAAAAUAGCAGUAUUUAACACCCUAGAGCUGGACCUGAGCUUCGAUCACAAUUUCAUUUUCUGUUACUGAAAUUGGAUAGAAAAUUUCAUUAGCUCCCGCCUCCCUGGACAAAACUUCAAAUAAUAUCGGUUAGUUACAGGUAAAGGCAAAAAGUCUAAAACUGAUCCAAACAGCACUAAAAAUGACCCAACCAUCAAAAGCAGCCGACACAAGGCACAUUACACACCCAUACUGCAUUGUAUAUCCCUAAUGUCUCAUCCGCCUCUCCUCUUAAGCUCAGACGGCUAAAAGCCUUGAGUUCCAGGUCCAUGGAGAGUUCAUCAAACAGGCAAUUAGCUUCAUGAUAGCUCUUAAUGGCCUGGAGAAGAAUGGAGCGUGGGAGGGAGGGAAGAGAGAGGACAGGAUGAGUAGAGUUGUGGUGUUUGGCAAACGGACAGAAUGGUGUGGAGGGAUGCUAAGAGGAAAAAGAAAAGGAGUCUUUCGAUGAAGGGAAAGUAACAGAGGAUGUUGAUGGGUCCAUGAGGUCAUUUAGAGACCAUGAAUACUCAGUAAAAGCAGUGUAGAUUUAAAUUUUUGGAUUUUGUUUGUUUGUUUGUUUGUUUAGUUUUUUCAGGACUUCAGGUGUUGAUGCAAACCAUAAAUGGAACACAUUUAGAGGAGGAUCAAAAUCAGUUAAAAAACACACACACAAAGUAUGCAUGUAUGUUUGCUGGUGUGUGUACGCAUGUACAGGUUUUUAAGCGUGUGUGUUCAUGUUUGGAUGCGUGUGUGUGUGUGUGUGUGUGUGUGUGGGUGUGACACACAUUGACCUGAUAUGUUAAAUGUUUCUUUGUUAUAUUUUUAUAUGUAAAUAUGGGCUGUUAACUGUAAAACUAUUUUUAUUCUGCUUUAUUUUGUUUGUAUGAGAUUGAUAUUAUGGCUAUAUUUCAUUAUUGUGAACUUAUAGCUAUUAAAAGUCCACAUUCAGGAACUUUUAGGGCGACUGACUGCAAUGCAAAAUUACUCCCCAUUAACAUUUUUAAAAAUUAUUAACAUUGUUGGAUUUCAAAGGGGUUAUUUAACAACCAGAUAGAUGUAUUGAACCAGUGCAAUUAUAGUUACAUACAUUAGUCACUGCUGCACAAAAUGGUUCUAUACAAUUAAAAAACAUAAAAACUCUGAAAGAAAGAGCUUCUAAAGAUGAACCUUUUAAGGAGGUUGAGGAAUUUUUGCAAAUUUCUGAAGCAGACAAUCCAAAUCAUGCAUCAGGAUUAGGGGACAAUCAUUCAUGCAAUCUUUGAAUGUUUUCAAAUAGCAACUGUUAUUAUUGUCACAAAAGGAAAGUGAGGCAGUGGAUUGCAAACAGACGAAGGCUGUUAAUGACUUUAUCACAGAACAAGUAACCAUUUCUAACAUUAGAUGGGCUAACAACAUUUUAUAGUUUAGACUGGAGGAAACUGAAGACUACUGAACUACUGCUAAUAGGGUGCCUUGGAACUAAAGGUGUAAAUUUAAAGGGGACCUAUUAUGCUAAUUCCUUAGAUUAUACCAACUUUGCAUGAAUCACAGUUUAAAUUAAUCCUUAUUUAUCUUACACUGGGCUGUGGUAACUGAAAGUCUUCAACUUUCUUCUGAUUGGCUGUCCGUCACAAACAAAAGACUUGGAUAGAAACAGGGUAGGGCUUUGGUGACCAUACUGACAUCAUGCAGAGCCAAGAGUAAAAUAAAUUGUAAAGAAGUGAAUGUUUAGAGCAGUCUGAAGCCUAUGCUUUAGGCCUAUAAGGAUUAUGCAAUAGAAAUGUGUAGCAUGUCCUCUUUAAAUGUCGUCGGGCCUUCACCAAUGCAUUGUGAAGUGCAAAUGUUGCCCUAAAUGUUUCUGGUCUCGUCACAGGUUCCACUUUGAUAGAUGGGUUGGCAACUGUGGAGGACACACUCAGUUUAAAUAUGAACUUUUCCCUCAUUGUUUUUUAAUAUUCCACCUUUUUCCAUGGUUAUUACUGUUCAAAGUAUUGGCAUCCAAAAAAAAAACAAACAACAAGAAAAACAACAGUCUACAUAUUUGAUAUCCGUUAAGCAAAUCACCAGGGUUAACAUGUCCACCUUAAUGCUAAUGAAUCUGAAAAGUUACCCAACAUUUCAUCGCAACUGCCAGUUUUAGCUUCUUAAUGAAAAGAUAUUAGAAAUUGCUUGAAAAUUGGCAGUGUCAUGAAAGUGAGCUUUUCAAGGAACUGUUUGUUUGAUUGAUAGCUGGCGUAUUUUACCUUGCAUGCAUCUCUGUGAACAACAAUGCUUCAAAGGCAACAGAAAAUCCUGACUGAAAACAAUAGUGUGAGUGUAAAACUUUCAAAAUGGAAACAUUUUCAUAUUCAGCUGCAUCACUGUGGACAUGGUUUCUGAUGGGUUUCCACACAGAUGCGCACACUGUCUCCUUUAACCCUGGCUGAGCGACUUCAGUCAGAUCUUUGGUGCUUGUGAAGAUGACUUGGGGAACAUUUAUUUCUAUCUGGAUUGUUUUUUCUAUCGGGAUGAUAUUGCACUUGUUUUUUAGCUAACUGUUUCACCUGUGUUCAGAGUAGCUUUAAUAUCUUUGCAGUGACAACUAUCCAAUCAUAAUCUCUACAGUAUGCAGUCUUUUGUAUGUACAACAGAUACACACAGAGGCAUAAGCAAUGCAUUGUGGGUGGGGUACGAGUCAAACGUUUUAAAAACCUCAGUAUAGUGACAAGAGCUAAUGAGAGCUAAUUAGCAGAAACAGCACUGGUGUCAGUAAACCUGAGUAAGGCACCAUUUUUACUGCAUAAUAGAAAUGGAGGACUGUUUUUGUCAUUUCAAACACCUUUUUUCAGUUACUUGAGGAAAUUAACAUCUUGAAAUAGUGACGCCCCCAUACUGCAUGGCUUGUGCAUCUGUAUGUAAUAAAUAAAGUGCUCCAGUUUAAAAUCCUAAACAUUUUCAACAUUGUCCGCCCUCAGGGCCGGAGCUCAUGUCUGAACCUGUGUGAUGCUGUACGUACGCAGGCUGCCACUAUAACCACUACACUUCUCCUCUUGUGUCUUAGCAAGCAUCGCUUUUGGUACAAAUUGGCAUCUUGUAUGUUGCAAAAGAGUUUAAGGAGAGUAUAUGGAACAAAUAUAUAUAGAAAUUUAUCUUAAAUGAAUAUAUUAUAUAUGGAACAGUAUGCUUUUCACACUUUGUUUCUUUGCCAUUUUUGCUUCAUGGAUAUUUAUUUAAAUGGUUGCAACAAUGGCACUGACAUUAAUCGUGAGGAUGGUGUUGAGAUGUAUUUAUUUUACAGUUGUCAGAGAUGAAGGGCACAGAUUUUGUUGUCAUCUUUAUUUUAUUUUUUUUGCUCCUCUCAGUGUGGUGUGGCUGCUGCUGCCCUCCUGGCUAAAGAUGAACCAAUAAACAGAAUUUCAAAA